AUGAGGUUGUCAGGGUUUCUACACGCUAGAAUGAGUGAGUUGGAUAAUAAUCUUUUGAGUGAUGUGCACUGGGGAGAUAAAGAUAGUUCUCCAGUUAUCAUCAGUGAUUGUAUGGCUCAUUGGCCAGCUAUGACACGAUGGAAUGAUAUAGAUUACUUGAAAAGGGUAGCUGGCUUUCGCACAGUUCCUGUUGAGAACAUCUAA